GCAAGUACAAAAAUUUAUAUAUGUACAUAGACACUCAAAAUAUAUAAAAUAAAUAUCUCCAAGAACAAGCUAUACAUAUGUAUAUGAACAUCCACACUAAUCAGGGUAUGGCUCAAAAAAACUAAAAUAAGAAAGUUGCCAUGUUUUUAGAAUGUGAGAAGUUUUUUCGUACGAGGAAAGUGGGGAGAGCAGAGAAAAAUGGUGGAAGAGUUUGAUAAUCGCACGCGCAUUCGUACCCAAAAUGUGAAAGAGAAAAGAAUGGAAUUCCACGUCAGGAAAGUCAAAGUUGCUUCACGCGUGACGUACGAGGAUGACCAGCGUUAGCCCCUUCCGCGAUCCCACGGCUCUCUUUCUCUGCAAAAAACCAUGCCCCGAGUAAGAAGGCAGUAAAAAACAAGAAAGAGCCAAUAAUAAAAGAAGCUCAUCGUCUUUUACCAAAAAGAAAGCUCAUCAUCAUCUUGGUCUCUUUUGCCCUCCGCGCUACGCCACCGACAGAGAAACACGGCCCCGGAACUUGCGGCAGCAUCCUCGGAUUUCAUUCACGGAUCCGGCGGAAGUUGUUGUUUGAAAUGUCUGUGGACUCGAGCGCCGUUGUAGCUGAUCAUGGUGCUCGUUCAAACUUCAGAGGAGUGCCUACUCACGGCGGGCGAUAUGUGCAGUACAAUAUCUAUGGAAACCUUUUCGAAGUCUCAAGAAAGUAUGUGCCCACCAGGCCGGUGGGACGUGGCGCUUAUGGCAUCGUCUGUGCGGCAAUGAACUCAGAGACAAAUGAGGAAGUUGCUAUAAAGAAGAUUGGGAAUGCAUUUGACAAUAGGAUAGAUGCCAAAAGGACACUCCGGGAGAUAAAGCUUCUCAGCCACAUGGAUCAUGAUAAUGUGAUUGUUAUUAAAGACAUCAUAAGGCCUCCUCAGAAGGAAAACUUCAAUGAUGUCUACAUUGUUUAUGAACUAAUGGAUACUGAUCUUAACCAGAUUAUUCGCUCCAGCCAGCCUUUGGCUGAUGAUCACUGUCGGUACUUCCUUUAUCAAAUAUUGCGCGGGCUUAGGUAUAUACAUUCUGCAAAUGUGUUGCACCGGGAUCUGAAACCUAGCAAUCUGUUUCUCAAUGCUAAUUGUGACCUGAAGCUUGGGGAUUUUGGUCUUGCUAGAACGACAUCUGAGACAGACUUCAUGACUGAAUAUGUUGUAACUCGAUGGUAUCGUGCACCAGAACUGCUCUUGAAUUGCUCAGAGUACACGGCUGCCAUUGAUAUUUGGUCAGUAGGUUGCAUACUUGGUGAAGUCCUGACAAGACAGCCCCUCUUCCCUGGCAAAGAUUAUGUUCAUCAGUUAAGACUUAUCACAGAGCUGAUUGGAUCUCCGGAUGAUGCUAGCCUUGGAUUUCUGCGUAGUGAUAAUGCCCGCCGAUAUGUUAGACAACUUCCACAGUAUUCAAGGCAUCAAUUUUCUACAAGGUUCCCCGAUUCGUCUCCCGGAGCAGUUGAUUUGCUUGAUAAAAUGCUUGUCUUUGAUCCUAGUCGCCGUAUUACAGUUGAUGAGGCACUCUGUCAUCCAUACUUGUCACCGCUUCACGAUAUUAAUGAGGAGCCCGUUUGCCCAAUGCCUUUCAGUUUCGACUUUGAGCAGCCAUCCUUCACGGAAGAAAAUAUUAAGGAGCUCAUCUGGAUGGAAUCUGUAAAAUUCAAUCCAGAUCCAACUUUCUCAUGAUAAGUAUGAUUUGUAGAUAUAGAUCAUUAUGUCAUGUUAGUGCUUCUAUUGUUCUCUUGCUACU